AUGGAUAAUGACGGUAUCGUGAACUCUGAUUAUAGUUCCAUGUUUGAUGAUGAUAUUGUGCGAUGUGUUGAUAGUAGCCUUGUUAUUGUCAGUGAGGCGCAAUCUCCGGAUGAUGGCAACAACACCGCCCCGGUGGAGGGCGACUCAAAUUUCCCCAGAUUACCGGCCCUGCCCUUUCGCCCAAGCGUUCAGUUCUUUGGGCACGAGGCCCAAGCAGAUGUGGUGCACUCUGACAGUUCUAGACUGUGCUCUGUCUUAGCGCCAGGGGCGUGUCCGGUGUUGAUAGCUCCUGUUCCGCAUGGCCUGCCCACGGUCAUACAGCCGUGGCCUCCCUCCCAGUGUAGAUUGUCUGUAAACAGCGGCAUUCCGACCGACGCCUACUAUGGUGUGCCAUUCAAACUUACACUGCCGAGACUGGACGAUUUUCUCGAUAUCGUCGUAGCGAAAGGCCCUGCCUGUCUCAUGUUUAAACGGGACCUGCGUCGGUACUACAGACAAAUUCCAGUUGAUCCGAAAGACUAUGCGCUCCUAGGUUUCACCUGGAGAGGUCUAGUGUUCGUUGACACUUCGCUUCCUUUCGGUUUGUCAAGUUCAACGUUUCUCGCUCAACGCGUUUCAGACGCCGUUAAUUACGUGUUCCAUCUCGACGGUUAUGACGCGGUGAACUAUAUUGACGACUUUGGCGGCGCAGACGAACCGGACCGUGCCACUGACGCUUACGAGCAUCUAGGAAAGCUCAUCCAGGAUCUCGGCCUGGAAGAAUCCGCGCAGAAGGCUGAACCCCCAUCGACGUACAUGACCUUCGUUGGCGUGGGCGUGGACUCGGUGCGCAUGAUUGUUGAAGUCACCCCCCAGCGCCUCCAGGAAGUGUCCGACAUUCUCUUCCAGUGGCAAGACAGGGACACCGCGACCAGACGCGACGUCGAAUCCCUUAUCGGGAAACUCAUGUACAUUGCCAAGUGCGUCCGCUCCAGUAGACUGUUCGUUUCGCGUUUGUUACGCCUCUUGUCCACGAUGCCGGAUCGUUCCCAUAGUUAUCCGCUAGGAGAAGAGUUUCAUAAGGACUUAGCAUGGUGGGUUGCGUUCCUACGCGUUUACAACGGCAUCUCUAUUAUUCCACAAGAGCCGUGGUCCGUCCCCGAUGCCGUAGCCGCGACGGACUCUUGCCUCACAGGCUGCGGCGGCAUUUGCGGGAACGAAUACUUCCAUAAGGAAUUCCCGCCCGCCAUCCUCCAGGCCGACAAUCACAUCGCGUACCUCGAGACGCUGACGCUUGUCGUCGCGGCGAAGAUCUGGGGCCCUAAAUGGCGUGGCAAACGCCUCCAGUUUCUGUGUGACUCAGCCGAUACAGUUUCGGUUCUGAACACUGGCAAAGCGAAAGACGCCGGUCUGCUUGCCUGCGCUAGGGAACUUUGGUGGAUUGCCAGCCGGGAGGAAUUUCAGAUCAAGGUCACCCACAUCUCGGGCGAGACCAACCGUCAAGCAGAUCACCUAUCCCGCUGGCACCUCAGCCUCGCUCACCAGGAUGCGUUCUUGCAACUCACGGACACCCGAGUCGUCCACGAGAUUUUCGUACCUGACGACUUCUUCACCUUUCUAUGUCCCUUUUAG